UCUGAUUUCAAUCCCCGAGUCCUUGUACAAUCUCUGAAAAAGAAAAGAAGAAAUCAAUUUGGGCAUCGUCUCGGAAUCAGGGAAAUGAUUUCCCAAAGCGACGAAGGAGAAGGAAAUCCAAAACGAAAAUGGUCCUUGGAAGACUUCGAGAUCGGAAAACCCCUGGGCAAAGGCAAAUUCGGUAGAGUCUAUCUCGCCAGAGAAGUCCAGAGCAAAUACAUUGUGGCGUUGAAGGUUAUAUUCAAGGAACAGAUAGAGAAAUACAGGAUCCACCAUCAGUUGAGGAGAGAAAUGGAAAUUCAAACCAGCCUUCGUCACCCAAAUAUACUGCGGCUUUACGGUUGGUUUCACGACAGCGAACGAAUUUUCUUGAUUCUUGAGUAUGCUUAUGGGGGUGAGCUUUAUAAGGAGCUUAGAAAAAAUGGUCAUCUCAGUGAGAAGCAAGCUGCCACGUACAUUGCAAGUUUGACAAAAGCGUUGGCAUAUUGUCAUGAGAAACAUGUAAUUCACAGAGAUAUCAAGCCGGAAAAUUUGCUGCUUGAUCAUGAGGGUCGGUUGAAGAUUGCAGACUUUGGGUGGUCCGUACAGUCAAGAAUCAAGAGACGCACAAUGUGUGGAACUCUGGAUUAUUUAGCGCCAGAAAUGGUGGAAAACAAAGCUCAUGAUUAUGCAGUUGAUAACUGGACUUUAGGCGUCCUUUGCUAUGAGUUCCUCUACGGCGCUCCUCCAUUUGAGGCCGAGAGUCAAAAUGAUACAUUAAAAAGGAUCAGGGACGUCGACCUGAGCUUCCCAUCCACUCCUCAUGUCUCAAUGGAAGCUCAAAAUCUCAUCAGCCUGCUUCUUGUGAAGGACUCUUCAAAACGGCUCCCUCUUCAGAAGAUCAUGGAGCACCCUUGGAUAAUCAAGAAUGCAGAUCCUAUGGGUAUCUGCAAAAAUUAGGACCUUUUUCUAAUUUCAGAUGUAAUGCUAUAAGGCUGUCAAAAAUUACUAGCAUAGUGUGCAAAAACCUGUGAAUGUAUUGUUCAAACUUGGAGAAGACCAAAGUGGGUUUCAAAGGUUUUAUUGUAACCCUCCAUCAUUGUAUACUCCAAAGGCAAGGCUCUUUUUGUUAUAUUAAACUUUCUGCAUAUCUUUAAUUUUUGCCAAUGGCAUUGUUGGAACCAAGCGAGUGCAGAAGUUACAGUUAUGU